AUUUUCUCAUUUUAAAAACCACAAAAUUUUCUUUUGUUUUUCCUUUUUUUUUAAUCUCAGAAACAUUUCUCAUGGAGGUUCAUCUUCCUUCAACGUUUUCACAUGUCUACUUGGAGCCUAGAAGACAAGUUUCCGACAAGCUACAUGUUUCUAUUGAUUCUCUUCAUUGCACAUAGGGUUUUUGAUUUGAUUGAUUCUUGUUUUUUCAAAAACUCAAAACUUGUUCGUCGAUCCAAGAACAAAAUAAUGUUGCCUGAUGUGAUUCUGCCACCAGAACAAUGUUCGAUGGAACAACUAUGGAGCCCGUUUAAUGCUCAAAUGUUAGAGUUUUGUGAAUCGGAUUUGUUUCAAGAAACCAUGCAAAACUCUGAAGUUGCUUCGAGUUCAAAUUGUUGCUAUGAAGAACAAUCCUCCAACCCACCGGAUAUUAUCAAUGCCGCCACCACCACCACCGCCAACUUCCCUUUGAUGUUUGAAGAAGAAAUCAUGGAAAAUGACAUUUCUACCCCUAUUGAUCUCGCAAACGCUUCCCAUUUCACUAACCAUCAGUACCCUUUUAGUAAUCAAGACCAAUUUGACCUAGAUUUGCUCCAAAACCAAAUCCCUACUACAAUCGAUGAAAACAAUGACACAAAUGUCGCUCGUAUUUUUUCAUAUAGUAAUACGGUUUUGAAUGAUCAAGUGGGGCCCACAAUUGGACAAACACAACCAUUGCCGACCGUUUGUGAAGAGAGCAGUCUAAACUCUGUGUCACCUUUGAAGUUCAUGCGGUUGAAUGAUUGUUUGUCUCGUAAUUAUUCGUUCAUUGAUCCAUCUAUAAAUUCGUACGAAGGUUCCGGGAUUUUCAAAGGGAAUUUGUUUUUAGGAAAUGACAUGCCACGUCAUGAACUUGAAUUCCAUGGAGACAACGGUGCAAUCUUUGGUUGUGAUCCUCCGCUACACGUUUACAGCUCUAAUGAACUUCAGGCACUUAGCAAUGAAAGCCAGCAUCUUGUAAAAGGAAGUGUGAGUUCUACAACGCCAUUGGUGUCCGAUAUCACAAGCUUGGAGUCAGAAACCUUCAGAGUUGCCACCAAGCUCACAACUGAAGAAAGGAAAGAGAAGAUCCAUAGAUACUUGAAGAAAAGAAAAGAAAGGAAUUUCAAGAAGAAAAUCAAGUACGCAUGCCGGAAAACUCUGGCAGAUAGCCGGCCACGAGUAAGGGGAAGAUUUGCAAAGAACGAUGAAUUCGGGGAGAACAAUAGAAGCAACAGCAACGAUACCGAUGAAAAUGGAAGAUCUUUCGAUGUUGUAGUGAAGGAUGAAGAACAGAGUUUGGAAUCAUCGGACAUCUUCCCCCAUCUAAGUGGAUUGAAUUCAUUCAAAUGCAAUUAUCCGAUCCAAUCAUGGAUUUGAAUCCAUGGAGAUGAUGAGAGCUGGAACGCAACGAACUGUUGGUGAAACUGGAUAUAUAUCAAGAUGAUGAAAAAAUAUCGAGAGAAAAUCAGAUAAAUCAAGACGAAGUUAAAAAAAAGAAAAGAUAAAGCAUUGUCAACAAUGACGAAUGGUUGCUCCAUCAUCAAAUUUUUUGGUGCGCAUUUGAAUAUGAUGGAAUUGUCAAUGGAGGUUGGCUUUCUUGAUUGAAGAAACAACCUUAGCCGUUAUCAAAAGAGGAGUGACACAAAAACAAUAUAUGAAUAAUCGACUUAUAAGUAAUGUAGAAAUUAUAAAAUGAAGAUGGAUUUGUAAUGGAAAAAAAAAAGGAAGAGGUCGUUUAUGUA